AUGCCUGCCGCCGGCCUCAAGACCAUCAUCGCCCUCUCCUUUGUCCUCGCCGUGGGAUUCCUCCUUGUCAUCUUGUCCUGCGCUCUCUACAAGGUCUACUACCCGCUGCUGGUUGUCGCCACGUACGUCCUCGCACCGCUGCCGAACUGGAUCUGCGGCCGAUGCGCGAAUCCGGACGACUUUGUCGAGAGCGGCGGCGCUGCCAUACUUGACGUGGGAAGAUUCUUCACCGGUUUCUUUGUUGUUAUGGGUAUUGCCCUUCCCGCUGUCCUCGCGCACUCUGAUCUCAUCCGAGUCGAAGCCAUGAUCAUGUCCAUCACCGGCGGCCUGUUGAUUUACGGAACCAUUAUCAGCUUCGGCAUGUUUUUCCAAGAAGAGCAGGAGUUUUAA